AUGUUCAGACCUUUGGUUCAGCGUCGUUUCCAGUCGUCGUCAAGCUCGACGGCUGCGAUGGCUUAUAAGCUGCUGAGAAACAAGUCCAGACCACCUCUUCCAACUUUGGAGACUCCAAAGUGGAGUACCGAAGGUGCGGUUGCGUCGAUCUUGUACGAGGCCCCAACAGGCCUCAAGGUGCCAGAUAGACCACACGUGCUCAACUGUCUUGUGCAGAACGAGCCGGGUGUGCUGUCCUUGGUGUCCGGGACUUUGGCUGCCAGAGGCUUCAACAUCGACUCGCUCGUUGUUUCCCACACAGAGGUUAACGACCUUUCCAGAAUGACCAUCGUCCUCAGGGAGAAGGACGCCGUUAUUGAACAGGCCAGAAAGCAGAUCGAAGGCUUGGUCCCUGUUUACGCCGUCUUGGACUACACGAACGCCGAGAUCAUCAAAAGGGAGCUUCUGCUUGCCAGAAUCUCCCUUUUGGGUCCAGAGUACUUUGAAGACCUUUUGAGACAACAUGGUGACACCUCUGCAUCUGAUAGUGUGGCCUCGUCGAAGUACCACCCAAAGAACCUGACCGUGUCCGAGAUUCUCAGAAUGAAGCACGAAUACUUGGGUGCCAUCACAGCCAUCAGUGAACAGUUUGGUGGUAAGGUUCUCGAUAUCUCUGAGAGAUCAUGUAUUGUCGAGCUGAGUGCUAAGCCAUCAAGAGUCUCCUCUUUCCUCUCCCUGAUGCGUCCAUUCGGUAUCUUGGAGUCCUCCAGAUCUGGUAUGAUGGCCCUCCCAAGAACCCCAACCUCUGCCUUUGAGCUUGAAGGACCAACCGUCGACGCCCAGGAUGUUGUUGACGUCUCCUCUCUUCCACCUGGUUGA